UUCAGCAUCAACACACACUGUGAAACCUAAAUUAUAUUUUUUUAGAGACAUAAAAAAAGGAUAUUGGGUAACACUAUGUUUUGAUAGUCCACUUUAGACAUUCUACUAACAAAAAUGUCAAGUUCAGGCAUAUUUUCUUUAUUCUCCUCUUCAGAUCAAAGAAGUGACGAUGAAUAUAGUGACUGCUGUCAAUGCGAAAGUCAUGAAAUGAAGGGAGAGGUUCACAGUCAGUUAGAAGAAAGCAUUCGUCCUUAUAUUGAUCUGAUUGACGCUCUGCGGUCAGUUGGCAUUCACAAGGACUUGGCAUUACCGACUAUCGUAGUGAUCGGAGACCAGAGUUCUGGAAAAAGCUCUGUGUUGGAAGCGCUGUCUGGAGUUGCGUUACCAAGAGGGAGCGGAAUCGUCACCAGAUGUCCACUAGAGCUGAGGCUGAAGAAGGUACCAGACGUCAACUGGAAGGGCGUUAUAUCCUACCGUAAAAAGAAAAUUGAAUUUGUAGAUUCAUCAUUGGUUCAAAAAUAUGUUGAAACAGCCCAGAAUGAGCUGGCAGGAAAAGGGGUAGGAAUAUGUGAUGAGCUCAUCACUUUAGAGGUCAUGUCACCAGAUGCAUGUGACCUCACACUGAUCGAUCUACCUGGAAUUGCCAGAGUCCCAGUAAAAGGACAACCAGAGGAUAUUGGAGACCAGAUCAAACAGCUGAUCAUGAAAUUUACUGAGAAGCAAGAGACUAUAAACAUGGUUGUGGUCCCUUGUAACACUGACAUUGCAACAACAGAAGCAUUAAAAAUGGCACAAGAAGUAGAUCCUGAGGGCAAAAGAACUGUUGCCAUUCUGACGAAGCCA